CCAUGUCCGUCGACUUGAAGCAACAAUUGGAGCUUGCUGAUUACUUGGGAGCACUCGCUGUUUGGUGCAUCUUCUUCGGAGUCCUCUUCAUUCUCAGCGUCAUCUUCAACUUCGUCUGCAUUAAAAAGGACGAUGACGUCACUGCUCUUGAGAGAUGGGGCUACAAGAAGAACAUCGACAUGAAGCUUGGUCCCCAUCGCCGCUCAAUGGUCGCCCGCCAAAUUCCACAAACUGUUGUCGCUGAUCACUAAUCUGUUACAUUCCUUAUCUGUUUUAUCUUGUAUCUUGUAUCACCUUCUCACGGUUUUUAAAGUCUAAUAUCUAAUGUUUAAAUAAAAUUUAAUGCGUAGAA